AUGCCUGCCUGCGGGGCCCUGUUCCUGCUCUGGGCCGCGGAGGCCGCCAAGGACUGCCCCACACAGUGCACCUGCCAGGCCCUGGAAACCAUGGGGCUGCGGGUGGACUGCGAGGGGCGGGGGCUCACCGCCCUGCCUGCCCUCCCGGCCCACACCCGCCACCUCCUGCUGGUCAAUAACAGCCUGCGCUCCAUACCCCCCGGCGCCUUUGACCACCUGCCCCAGCUGCAGACCCUCAGCGUGUCGCAGAACCCCUGGCACUGUGACUGCAGCCUCACCUACCUGCGCCUCUGGCCGGAGGACCGCACGCCUGAGGCCCUGCCGCUCGUUCGCUGUGCCAGCCCCGCCCUCACCACCCGCCGCCCGCUGGGCCAGCUGACGGGCUACGAGCUGGGCGACUGCGGCUGGCAGCCACAGGCGUCCUGGGCCGCCCCGGGGUUCUGGGGGGACGUGGCGCUGGUUGUCGUGGCCACGCUGGGCCUGGCUCUCCCGGCUGGCCUGCUGUGCACCGUCACAGAGCCCCUGGACUGA